UGGAUUAAAGGAGGAAAAAAGAUUGAGAGUGGCGAAAGCGAAAGAAGAUGAGAGAGAAAAGAAAAAUGAAGUGCUCCAGCCUCCAGAAAGUGGAAGAAAAAUCUGAAGAAAUUUGUCUGUUUUGGUAAUGAUCUCCGAGUCCUCCCCUCCAAUGGACAAACCCAAUCCAUUCCAUUACUUUUCAGACUGUGAAGUCUAUCCGUACUUAGCGAAACAUCCUGCCUGAAAAUUUUAAUAAGUUGGUGCCAUGUCUACAAUUUUACACCUCUCCUUUGCUUCUUCUUCAACUUUGAGAAGCCUGCUAAAUGGUGGUUCCAGACCCAGCAGUCGUCUCUCCAUCUCAAGACCCACCCUUGCUUCACUACAUCGAAACAGCUUCAAACUGAAGCCGUACGGAGAAAAGUUGUCUUUUUUUGAAGUGGAAAGAGUUCAAAAUGGGAUCUUGGUGAAGGAGGAGAAAUUGAAGAGGAACACGAGAGUGGUUGUCGUGAGGUUUAACCGAGGUUUCGGCUUUAAUGGCGGCGGAGGCGGCGGAGGGAGAGAUAACGGGGCCACAGCGAGGGUUGUGGGUAAUCUUGUUUUGGCCAUUGGCUUGACUUAUCUCUCCAUGACUGGACAACUUGGUUGGGUCUUGGAUGCAAUUGUUUCUAUCUGGCUUCUUGUCGUGCUGAUACCGAUUGUCGGUUUGGGGGCAUUUCUGUGGUGGGCAGGACGAGAUAUAGUACAAAGCAGUUGUCCAAACUGUGGGAACGAUUUUCAGAUUUUCAAAUCUACUUUGAAUGAUGAACUGCAAUUAUGCCCCUUUUGCAGUCAGCCUUUCUCGGUUGUGGACAACAAGUUUGUUCGGGAAUCAGUUACAUUUUCCAACCAAUUUACAUCAAACGGAGAAGCAGCCAAUGAGUUCUCUCCUCGACCCAAGAAAGGAAAGAAUACUCCUACAGCAGUUGUAGAUGUUGAAGCGGAAGUGACGGAUGCCGAUUGAGGCCUCUGGCACCAAUUCUCCGUUCGUUAGGUAUACUCUUGAAGACUUGAGCACAUGGAUUUAAGAUCCCGAUCGCAAGCGAGGACGGCCCGUGUUGGAGAGAAGUAGAGUUGGAUGUCGGACAGAAUGACCGUCAUCUUGCGCCUCCCUAAAUGAGCGGGAUCAUGUUCCAAUGUAGCAUACCUGCAUGUAGGUCCUCUAGCUCGAGCUAGAUCGAACAUAAUCUUCAUUAGCAUCUUGGUUUUACCUGCAACUCCUGAGCUUGUGGAAAACCAUGCUCUAGAAUCCCGACGGAGAAAGAGAGAACUAGUGAAAUAUGUAAACUUUUGAGCACUC